AUGGUUCAACUCAAACCAUCCACGCUCGCCCUUGGCCUCUCUCUACUCGUUUCUUCCACUCUCGCAAAGAAUGGCGAACUCUCCUCCGACCUUGUAGGCUGCAAAGAGGUCUCAUGUCCCGUGGAAGGUUCCGAUGACCGCUGCACAGUGGGAGACGAUGUCUUCCUUGGUAUCGGGCUCUCCCGCAUCCCCGACGUUCCCUCGUCUCUCGAGGGAUUCUCCCUCGUGAAAGGCGUCAAUGUAUCUACCAGCUUUGACGGCAGCAACUCGGUCACACGUCCUUUCAAGUCAGUCUACUACCUCGGCACACCCCCGGACAUAGAGGCCAAGGACUUAUCCGGCUGUGUUGUUGUCUUCCACGAUCCCCCGUCGGGGUCAUUCAACGGGUCGACAGUGGAAGGCUCAAACACUGGAGAUGAAACCCGCGCUGGGACCGGUACCUGUUUCGAUAUCAUUGGCAAGACAUGCAUUGAAAAGGUCACGGAGAAGGCCACGAAAUCAGUCAAAGAGGCCGGUGGAAACUGCACAACGCUUGAGCGGGAAUUGAAGAGGUUUUCUCUUGAUGAGUGCGAUGGAUUCGCGGGUGCAGGUGGCAAGCUUGGGAAUUUCAGCGUCAAGGCGCUUGAUGAUCUUGUUGCGGUUAAGAACUCCACUAACUGCUGGCCUAUUAAGCCUAAGUCUGAUCAGCUGGUUGAGAUUGAGAGUUUCAUUGCUCUGAGAGACUACACAAUUAACGCUCUGGUUGAGGAGGCCUGGAAGAUUACACCGGUCCUCACUGUUUUCACUGGGAAAGGCAACAGCAGUCUUGUCGACGAAACUGUUUCUCAGCUGACAUGUAUGAAAGUCGUCACUCACCUGGAACCUCCCGCCUCGGGUAAGAAUUCUGCGGUGGCUGUUAAGGUAAGCGGGUUUGCUGCUGGUGUUGCGGUACUAGCUGGAAUUUUUGCAUUCUUGUAG